CAGCAGGGUAUUUCUUAUUUAUCGCAAACAAUUUAAACGAAGAGUUCAUCAUUAUUCCAGUGUAACGUUAACUGAACGUUAAACAUAAACUGACAAAAUGAGCAACGAACCUGAGGUGGAUAUGAAAGAUGUGGAGCUCAAUGAGGUGGAGCAGGAGAAGCAGCCCAUUAGAGAGGGAGAGGCUAGAAAUAAUUAUGCCAUCUCGCCUGUAAGUGAGAAGAAUGGCAUUGUGAAGGUGAAGAUUCCAGAUGAGGAGACUAAAUUCACUGGGUUAUCCAAAGAAGAACUCAUGAAAGUAGCCGGAACACCAGGGUGGGUUAAAGUUCGUUGGGCACUUCUGAUUCUGUUCUGGCUUGGUUGGCUGGGCAUGCUGGCUGGCGCUAUUGCCAUCAUUAUUCAUGCUCCUCGAUGCAAGCCCCUCCCUGAGAUGAACUGGUGGAACUAUGGACCACUGUACCAGAUUGGAGACGUGAACUCCUUUACUUCAGACCUGAAAGGUUUGGCUGGAAAGGUUCAGGCAUUGGAUGAGUUAAAGGUGAAGGGUCUUGUCAUAGGCCCGAUCCAUGUGUCCAGUGCCGACAAGCCAGAGGAUCUGAACUUGACUGAGAUUUCCAAAGAGGCUGGUAAUGCGUCGCAGUUUAAAGAAGUAAUCCAGGCUGCACACAAAAGAGGUAUCUUUGUUGUUUUGGACCUUACCCCUAACUAUAAAGGAGAAGAGCCCUGGUUUGACAAUAAUGUUGUCAGCUCUUUGGAACUUGAGCCUGCUCUGAGGCACUGGCUAGCAGAAGGUGUAGACGGGUUCCUCUUCUACGGUGUCGAGAAGGUUUCCACUGCAGCCCCAUCCCUUUGGAGGGAUGUUGAAGACCUUCUCCGCAAUCAGACAGAAUCCGAUGGAAAAACUAAAAAGGUCUUAAUUGGCGUUACAGAGAAGUCCUCUCCUGAUGACAUAGUUGCUGUGUUGAACAAAACUGGUGUUGACCUGCUCCUCACUGGUGCUCUAAGGUCCAGGUCUGCUCUGGAAGUUGCCCAUUCUGUUGCUCGCUUGUAUUCCACUUACAAUCAGACCCAACUGGCUUGGAACAUCGGUGGGCGUAUCGCUGGACACCUGGCUUCAGUAGUGGGGCUUGCCAAAGUCAAGUUGAGUCAACUGCUGCUGCUCACCCUGCCUGGCACACCAGUGUUUAAUUAUGGGGACGAGAUCGGACUGGGAGAUGAGUCUACCAAAAACCCAACCAUGGUGUGGGACUUCUCCAACGACACUAUGACUCCAGUGAACAUUCUGGAUAAAAUGAAAACUUUCCGUUUAUUCUUCAAGACUGUGAGUGAAAAAAGAUCAAAGGAGCGUUCUCUGCAGCAUGGAGAAUACUUGCCUUUGUUCAACUCGACCUUCGCCAUGGCCUAUGUGCGAAGGUGGGACCAGAAUGAGCGCUACCUUAUUGCACUUAACUGGCACUCAAACGAAACUGUCACUCUUCAGCUGAAGCAUGCUGAGAUUCCUAAAGACGCUACAGUAGUGUUUAGUACUGAUGAUCUAGAUGCUGAUAAAGUGCGUAACCUUGCAAAACUUGAGGUGAAGCCAGAACAGGGUAUAAUGCUGAAGUUUCCUUAUACACCCUAAAGACACACUUUAAAUUUGUAGUUAGUGUGAGGACAUGAAUUUGGCCGUUCUGUUACAAUAUUUGUCCUUUUUUUAGUACAUAAACACUGGCAUAAAGCAUCAGAUUGUACUAUUACAUACAUCACAUGCACUGCAUGACUACUAAACAUAACUUUAAGCUGGUAGUGGUUUUUCUGUUACAUAGAAUACAUUCCAUAGGAAGAAUAAUUUUUCGUUUAAACCUUUUUAUGUAAUUUUUUUAGUUUUUCAAAUGUAGUGCAAUUCUGCACACAAAGUGUUCACGUGUCCUCGAGUAAAUCUUAAAUGGCUGUUUCUUCUAUGUAAUUGAAAAAAAGGCAUGAAAAUGAAAGGUGUGGACAAUAAAUUAAGUGGAGCAAUUCA